CGGAGCGCACGGGCGGCCGGAGCUGGGCACGGCGCGCCGGGGCCGCCGCCAGGGGGAUGCGGCUGCCUCCCCGGGCCGGCGUGUAGAGGGCGGGUCCCCGGCCUCGGGAGCGCGGCGGUGGAGGGGGACAGAGGCGGCGGCCAUGGCGACCCCCGGCAACCUGGGGUCCUCCGUCCUCGCGAGCAAGACCAAGACCAAGAAGAAGCACUUCGUGGCGCAGAAAGUGAAGCUCUUUCGGGCCAGCGAUCCGCUGCUCAGUGUCCUGAUGUGGGGGGUAAACCACUCGAUCAAUGAACUGAGCCAUGUUCAGAUCCCUGUUAUGUUGAUGCCAGAUGACUUCAAAGCCUAUUCAAAGAUAAAAGUGGACAAUCACCUCUUUAACAAAGAAAACAUGCCGAGCCAUUUCAAGUUUAAGGAAUACUGUCCGAUGGUCUUCCGUAACCUGAGGGAGAGGUUUGGAAUCGAUGAUCAAGAUUUCCAGAAUUCCCUGACCAGGAGCGCACCCCUUCCCAACGACUCCCAGGCGCGGAGCGGGGCUCGAUUCCACACUUCCUACGACAAAAGGUACAUCAUCAAGACCAUUACUAGUGAAGAUGUGGCCGAAAUGCACAACAUCCUGAAGAAGUACCACCAGUAUGUAGUGGAGUGCCAUGGAGUCACACUUCUCCCCCAGUUCUUGGGCAUGUACCGACUGAAUGUGGACGGUGUUGAAAUAUAUGUGAUCGUGACAAGGAAUGUGUUCAGCCACCGGUUGUCUGUAUAUAGGAAGUACGACCUAAAGGGUUCCACAGUGGCAAGAGAGGCGAGUGACAAAGAAAAGGCCAAAGAACUGCCAACUUUAAAGGAUAAUGACUUCAUUAAUGAGGGCCAAAAGAUCUAUAUUGACGACAACAACAAAAAGGUGUUCUUGGAAAAACUGAAAAAGGAUGUGGAGUUUCUGGCCCAGCUGAAGCUCAUGGACUACAGCCUGCUGGUGGGAAUCCACGACGUGGAGCGAGCAGAACAGGAGGAGGUGGAGUGCGAGGAGAACGAGGGGGACGAGGAGGGGGAGAGCGACAGCACACAUCCCGUGGGGACCCCUCCCGACAGCCCCGGAAAUACGCUCAACAGCUCCCCUCCCUUGGCUCCCGGCGAGUUUGAUCCCAACAUCGACGUGUAUGGAAUUAAAUGCCACGAAAACUCGCCCAGGAAAGAGGUGUACUUCAUGGCCAUUAUCGACAUCCUGACUCAUUAUGAUGCAAAAAAGAAAGCUGCGCAUGCUGCAAAGACUGUUAAACACGGGGCCGGCGCGGAGAUCUCCACCGUGAACCCCGAACAGUAUUCAAAGCGCUUUUUGGACUUUAUCGGCCACAUCUUGACGUAACCUUCUGCCGGGCCGUGGACAGACGUGGGCUUGGGAAGGACAGAGGUGGCUCCGGUGUAAGAAGAGACAGAAACCACACUCCGCGAAGCACACCUCCUCGUUUACAUCUCCAGGCCGAGAGGACUGGCGGGGGGCGGGCGGGGGGGGGCUACUCGCAUAACAGCAUUCCCAGCAGCGGGGUCCAGCUCUCUGUGACUGCGCGGGCGGCCGGCCUGCAGCGGGCUCGACCCUAACCAUGAAUUAACUGAUGAGACUCUUCGUGAUGAGCAGCUUCAGAGUGCGGGGGAGGAGGAGGGGGGUGGGCAGCGACGCUGUAACUCCAGCCAUGGCCGAGUGAAUGAAUGAAAGGGGAUGAAUGAGUGAAUGAGAUCUGCGGGGGCGGGGGGCGGGGGAGAAGGCCGUGCAUGUCAGGCCAAUUCUGUUGGCUUCACACAAUAAACUGUGGAUCGGUUUAUUGGGUUUCUUGGGGGGGGGGGGUGGGGAUCGAAAGAGGUCAGACAGUAUUCAUAAUAAUAAUGAAGAUAAUAAUAAUGAAGAUAAUAAUAACGAUGGUGAUUCCAAGGAAAACAAGGUCCUGCAGAUGUCGCCCCAGGCCACCCGUGUGGAUACUCCUUACUAGUUAUGUCCAGAGCCCCCAGCCCUGGCCAGAGGGCAGCUGCCAUCUCUCCCUGGCACAGGGCCUCUCUCUGCACCCGCCCGGGGCCAGGCCUGCAGACAUCAGGGACCUGGUGUCCCUCCUCCGGCCAGCCGCUGCUGCCCUAGCUGACACUACCUUUUCACCUCAGAGAAUACAUCCAGGAAAAGCGCUUCCUUCUCUUUUCUGGCCCCAAGCUUCUUCGUCAUUGUUACUUAUGUUGCAAUAUAGGAGUUAAUGCUAAAAGUCAAAAUUUAAGCUGACCUGGAAAGUGCAUAGUUUUGGGCAAUGCUGUGGACAUCUCCUGGACGGAAGGCGAGCGGCUCUGUCCACCUCCCAGUUCCCCUACUGGCGAUGGCGGCUCUGAAUUAUCUGAUGUUUAUGUUGGACCAUUGUUAACACGGUGGCAUUUGUCGUCCCUUGAAUGGAAAACCCCCAAUUUUACUGUUUACAUUAUUAGGAAAACAGGGAUAUUUUUUGAAUCUAAAAAUUUAAUGUACAGCAUGUAAUUUUUUGACGUUUACAUGUAAAGUCAUUUUACAGAGUCGGUGAAAUAAUGUUCGUCUUAUUUGAAAUGUGCCCCGCGGGUCAUGUUUUGGGAUGAAUGCUUUAGUCAGAGGACUGGGCAAGCCGUCUUCUAUGGUCAGUGGAAAGGGUGGUUUUAUUUUACUCCAGGUGUCCAUUUAUCAACCUGGUUUGUUUUUUCAAUGUUUAACCCAAAUCUGAUUGUGUAAGCUCAUUGCCCUCAACUGUGCUGUUUGUGUUUUAAUCAAGUUUUAAGUUUCCAGUAUCCAUCAAGUAUUUACCAACUUUUCUGGCAUUUUCCAAAAGGCGUCAAGCUCAGAUAUUAGACUUGCUUAGACUAGGCGAUCCACUCAUACACUGUGCUAAAGCUGUGCCUUUGAAAUUCUUUGUUUAAAACCGGAGAUGAUUUUUGUAGGCAGUUUCGGAAGAGGAAAAAAACAAGAACAACCAAAACCCUGCCCUUCAGGAAUGACGGAACCACAAGAUGGGUCCUGCCCCUCCCAUACCUUCUCUUCAGGGCUGCUCAAGCCUGACUCACCGGGGUGGAGGGGGCUAGUGGGGUAUGCAUAUAGCCCAUGUCUGCCAGGUUCCAAAAACCCACAGAAGUAGUACCUCUGCCUCUGGAAACCAGCAGCAAGGCCCUGGUACCCACCUCUCCUAUUGACCCAUUUUAUUAUCCACACCCCUGCCUGGGAGGUGACUGUCCCCAUCCCUGAGACUUGUGUCUUCCCCGCCAUUCCUUUGGGCAUGGAGUCCCUGGCAGCGCUCUGAAGUGACUCUGUGGCUUCUUCCGCCCCAGAGAGCAGAAAGAAGUCCCUGAGGUAAAGAGCAGGCGCGUUCCAUGGACACAAUUUGAGUAACCUGUGGCCAAUCUGUACAUGCUUCUAGAAGUUUACAGAAUGCUUUCUUUUUUGUCUGUGACAGUUUUCUGUCAUCCAUUUCUGUCAAGGAACCAUGUGGACAGAGGGAGGAAGUUUGCCUUGUAUCUCCUCGUGCUAACAAGACACUCCAGUCAAGAGCCGGGCUUUACAAAAUAAAGCACUUUGAUGACUCAC